UCAGUUAAUAUGACGCAAUCGAGCAAGUGUUCCGCUGAUAGUUAUAUGAUACAUUCACAGGGUUAUUCCACGUGACUCAGCCUUCUGGAAGGUUGCAAGUCUCGUGCAUGGUGGACAGUACUCUCGCUUGGACAGUGCCGCAGAGGACGUAACCUCAAUUGCUCCAAGUAGAGUAUUGUACCGUUACGUCGACAUAGCUGGAUCUACUUCGACAGAAGAUGACGCAGAGUGGUAGUCAGUUUCUGGUGCUUCUGAUCCUGGCUGUUGCGUCCUUCUGUGUGAAAGCCUCUUCGACACCUGGGACUACGACAGUGUUAUCAUCAGCAGAAACAACGGAAGGAACAGACAUAGCCGUGUUCACAACUACAUCAGCAAGUCUUCCAACUACAGAUGCUGCUCCGUCAGAUCCUAGGUGUCCGGGGGGUGUCGGUCUGCUAGGAACAGAGUACACAAUAGUAGGUGACAGAAGAAACUACACAGGUUUAGUAUGGGUACGACCAACUGAUGACCGGUAUGUCGUCACCUGCAACCCCAGCUGCAGCCCGGUGGCUGGAUACAGUGCAACUAUGAACACCACACACUCUACACUCACUAUACACAAUGUUGGGGUGGCAGAUGCUGGUACAUGGAAGAUCGUGGAUGCGACUGUCGUAGAUGCCAUCCCUGUCGACGUGUGUCCGCUGACGACAGUUAGUGUUCCACAGUGUGGCAUCAGCAGUGACGAGGACACCGACUCCCUGGAACCUGGAGCACAGCUGACUUUAACAGUGGACAUCACAGGCUACUACUGUUCUCGGGAGGUGGGCUUUGAUCUGACUACUGGUGCUGUGACUGAAGCGUUGACCAUGAAACACAACGUCAGUGCUGUAUCAAACUCAACCCUUAACACAACCUUCAACGUAGAUAUCACCCGAUUAGGCGAUGUGUCGAUAAACUUCAUGUGUGACAGAAGUUGGCCUCUGCAGUGUGAGGGUAUCCAGGACCUGUUGAAAAGUCCACCACAGUGCAACAUCAGCAGUGACAUGGACACCAACGCCCUGGAACCUGGCACUAAUCUCACUCUGACAGUAGACAUCCAGAACUACUACUGUUCUCAACAAGCUGGAUUUACUCUGACUACUGCUGCCGUUACAAAUAUACUCCUACAGAACCAGACAAUGGACAAUAUAUCUGAUUCAGCUUUAAUUUCCUCCCUCAUUGUCACAGCCGAUCGGUUUGGAGACGUCAGUGUCAACUUUAUGUGUGGCAACAACACGGAGACCCUCACCUGCGGUGGUAUUGUUAAACUGAGUGAGGCUGUUCCCACAACCACAACAGUUGGACCCACGUCUAGAGCUCCUUCCAGAUCUACAGCAUCAGCGACAUCGACAGAAAUACCUAACUCAAGCCUUGGAAAUACGGCACUGACAGGUUCACAAGCAACACCUGAAAAACCAACAACAGAGGGAAGCGUAUCCACUGGACCAGCAGAUGACAAUACAGGUCUUGCUAUCGGACUGUCUGUCACGGGAGUCAUUAUUAUUAUUAUUGUCAUAAUUCUAGUGCGCUAUCGUAGAAGGGUCGGUGAGUACUUAUUGGGAAGUCGGCAAAAGAUGCAUCAGCUAGAAUUAGAAAAAGGAAGCGAAAAUAGGGAAAAGCACACACCCAAAAACUAAGCUAAAACCAGUAAUGUUUAUACGGUUGAUGAAUCUGGGCACCAAUGCUGACAUUUCUAAAAGUGUUACUUAUUCUUACUGAACCACUUGAUUUACACUUGAUAAGAAAAUGUAACUCACCAGGAGAAACGGAAGUCAUUGGGGCUACUAUACAAUUGUGCUGUGGCCUCAUAAAGAAAUACUCUGGGUGUCCACUUACUUCCGUAAAAGAUUCCAUGUGUGUGGACCAUACGAAAAUAUCCUGUAUUCCUCUCGUUAGUUCGUAAUGCGAUAAAAGCAUUUAAAAACAUGUCAGCAUACCAUGUCUCCCUACAAUUAAGCAGUCAUGAUACAUGCAUCUAAACAUUUUACCAUGAGACACUCAACCUGUAGACAUUCAUUCAUUGUCCACAAAAUCAGCAAAUAUGAAGGAUUCUUGAUUUCACCGGAUACAAAAUUAAUCUACAGAUACAAGAUAUGAUUUCUUUAUUAUUUUUAGCUAUUUUUUUUAAAUUCCAUCGUCCAUGUUACUUUAAUCACCAUGUUAUAUAUUUCCAGAUGAUGUAUAUUUGGAAGUAUAUUUUGUUUAUAUAAUUUGUCUCAUAAUCGGAUAUAUUGCCAUGUGUAAGUAAUGUUAGUGGUUGUUGUAGAUAUGAUUGUUCCAAGAGUCUAAUGGUUUAACUACGGUUAAGAUUAAGCAGAAUGGCUUUGUACUAGAAAUAGAGUUAUCUACCUUUGUUUAUUUGCCCAUGAUCUUUAGCAGGCUUGUUCGUCGGGGAAGUUUCUGGAUGGGACAGUUCCUACGGCUUGCUGUAUACGUAUGAGAGUGACAAGAGAGUGAUUCGAGGUCUUUUUCGACCUUUAACAAUCGUAUUGCCAAGUGCAGCUGUAAACCUCUUUGUAAUCCAGUAAGGUUCAAACUCUUUUCUGGAUACCAGAAGGACGACAUGACUCUUUCACGAUAUUCAACAGUGACAAUAGUCUGAACAUUCGUAAGCGCACUAACAUAUAUACCACUACCUUUUUUGGUACCAAUUGGAUUGUCAGCCUAAAAGUGUGUUUUUAAAUGUAAUAUAAUGUUUCUUAUAGAUCCUGUGUGGUCAUUUACUGCAUUUACAACUUAGUUUUGCGGGAACGAGUUUCCAGCUUUUACUCCACGUUCUAACGUGGAGUGAGUGAGUAUGGUUUUACGACGCUUUUACCAAAUGUCCAUCAGUUUCAAGCAGUGGACACCAGAAAUGGGCUUCACACAAUGUGUCCAUGCAAGGAUUCGAACCCGGGCCUUCCGCGUGACCUGCGAACGCAUUAACCACUGGACUACCCGACCUUUUCUCCUGUACAAUCACCGGUGUAAUGGUAGACGUGAAGGAAAUAUCCAAAUUUGACUCAUCAGUGUGUUCGAUGCAAUUCUCCUGGUUGACCUGUAGCAUGUGUUCCCGUGUUUGUUCAGGGGAACAAUUGACUUGUCUUUGCAUGUGUUUGUUACAGGUGCCACCGGUGGGGCGGGGUAUGAGUAUUCUCACCUUUUUGCGAAAACCUGGAGUCAUCACUAUUUGAUAGUGAUUCAUAAGCACAUAUUCAUGAUAUAGUCGGAAUUGUACAAUGGAAGGCAAAUCUUUCUUAUAAAUAUCUGAAGGGCUUUGUCGCUUUUAUUUAAUGAAGAGGGCGGGCAUCUACCCAGACGAUUCUUAUAUAACGAUUGAUUCACAUUUUAGAAAUGACAAUAAAAAGCUAUAUUCCAUAAUCAGAA